CAGAAAAGAAGAAAAAACAACUCAGCUGCUGAGCUGCCUUCCCUCAUCUGAAAAAGAAUUUCAUUUCAUGCUGGAGGAGAGAAAGAGAUAGAGAGAGCGAGCUUGACCCACUAGGCCACCACUAAGCAGCUACAGUUGUCCCAGCAGCAGCAAGAAAAAAUUCAAAAACAAUUAAAAAAAUAGUAUCUAAUCGAUCCCACACCCGGGUCAUAUUAUGAUCAUGGAAGGUGAUAAUGAAAAUGGGAUCCGCAUCCGUCCCAAUUUUCCAUUACAGUUUCUCGACAAGAGGAAGGAAGAAGAAGCAGCAGCCUCCUCCAGCUACGGUGGCGCUGAGCAGCCUAACAAGGCCGUGGUAGUUGCCCGAUCCAGCUCCGGUGAUGUGUCCACCAUUCCAGAAAAGAAGCCGGCUCCUCCCAAGAGGACGUCAACUAAGGACAGGCACACCAAAGUUGACGGUCGUGGCCGCCGGAUCCGCAUGCCUGCCACGUGCGCCGCUAGGGUUUUUCAGCUGACGAGAGAGCUAGGGCACAAGUCGGAUGGUGAGACCAUCGAGUGGCUGCUCCAGCAGGCCGAGCCGGCCGUCAUCGCCGCCACCGGGAGCGGAACCAUUCCUGCCAACUUCACAUCACUCAACAUCUCACUGAGGAGCUCGGGGUCGAGCAUGUCGGCGCCGUCGCACUUGAGGACCAGCGGCUACUUUAACCCCAAUAACAGUAGCAGCUUGUUGUUCGGCGGCGGCGCGUCGCAGUUGAUGGAGGAGCAGCAGCGCCGGAGGGUGUUGUUUCCGGGGGUUGAUUUGUCUGCUCCGUCUUCAAUGUUGUUGAAUUUCAACUCCGGAAAUGUGAAUGCGAUGUUGGAAGCGAAGCAGGAAAUGCGUGAUCAAGGUAACAAUAAUAGUUCUAGUACUACUCUUGCUCUUGAUCAUAUGUCCAGAGAGGGGACUAGUAUAGGAAGAAAGAGAAGGCCAGACGAGCAAGAUUUGUUAUCGUCAUCCUCCACGGGGUCGAUUCCGGCCAGCCAGAGUACGACUCCGGCGACAUUUUGGAUGGUGGCGAAUCCUUCUAGUAACAACAACAACCAAGGCCAGGCUGGGAAUAUGAGUGGUGGUGGUGGCAGCAAUGCUCAUCUUCAUCAUCAAGACCCUCCUAUGUGGACAUUUCCUACCAUUAAUGGUAACCAUGGGCUGCAUUUCAUGAAUUUUGCUCCUCCAAUGGCAAUACUACCAAGCCAAGUGCAAUUGGGGACCUCGGGAUUGAGCACCGGUGGCGGCGUCGGAGGAGGCGCAAUGGCGGACAGCCACUUGGGUAUGCUGGCGGCGCUCAAUGCCUAUAGGCCAAUUAUCGGCGGUGGCGCUCCGGCGAAUGGGCAGCAUCCAUCAGACGAUGCGGAUGAGGGACAGAAUGAUGAGCAUUCAAAUGCUAGCCAACGUUAAUCCUAGGUCAACUACAAGAGUAUGGCUUGCUAAGCUUAAUUUGGUUGGAUUUUAAUUAAGCGCUUUCAUGUUCUAAUUGUUUUAGCAAUUAGCUAGACAAGUCUCUAAAAGUGCAUAUAUGUUCGAUCAUCUGCAACAAGUUAUGGUGCGCGCGAGUUUGAUUGCUUUGGAUUUGAGUUGAUUGUUGGAUUUCAGUGUGAGACAAUAUAUAUAUAUGAUCGACCAAGUAGUACUUGUGAGAAGAUUUUAGGGUUUUGCGAGAGAGAAAGAAUUAACAUGCGUGCUGUUCUUGCUUUUACACAGGAUGGGUUGGUUUUUUCCUUCUGGUGUGUAUUGAAAAAUGACUCCAUGAUUUGCUUGUGAUGAACUUUCCAUGCAUGCACUGAUCUAUAUAUCUCUCUCUGAUUAUAUUCUCUGUGU